ACUCAAAUUAAAAAUAGAAAAACUAAAAUUAGUUGGAAAACCUAAAACUUCUCCCUCUCCCACUCCCUCAACCCUCCCGCCUCUCGCUCCACUCAUUCUCCUCUCCACGCCGGCCGCCGCAAACGCAAUUUCACUUCUCCUAUUCUUUGAGGUUUCAAUUGGGAUCUUUUUGACACAGCGGUUGUGAAUUUCUUCUUCAUCUUCAUUCUUCAACCUUUUCAUGGCGACCAGGCUUAUGUUUGAAAACUCAUGUGAAAUUGGAGUUUUCUCCAAGCUCACCAAUUCGUACUGUCUGGUUGCAAUUGGUGGUUCUGAAGAUUUCUAUAGUACCUUUGAAGCUGAAUUAGGUGCUGUCAUUCCCGUGGUUAAAACAUCUAUUCAUGGCACUCGCAUUAUUGGUCGUCUAUGUGCUGGAAAUAAAAAUGGGCUUCUUCUACCACACACCACUACUGACCAAGAACUCCAGCACUUGAGGAACAGCCUACCUGACCAAGUUGUUGUUCAACGUAUACAAGAGAGAUUGUCUGCUUUGGGGAAUACAAUUGCUUGUAAUGAUCAUGUCGCUCUCACACAUACUGAUCUUGAUCGGGAAACUGAAGAUCUCAUUGCUGAUGUUCUUGGAGUUGAGGUCUUUAGGCAAACAAUAGCAGGCAACGACCUCGUGGGAAGCUACUGUAGCUUUACAAACAGGGGUGGCUUGGUUCAUCCACAUACAUCCAUUGAAGAUCUAGAUGAGUUAUCAACUCUUCUUCAGGUCCCAUUAGUCGCUGGAACUGUGAAUCGUGGAAGUGCGGUGAUUGCUGCUGGGUUGACAGCAAAUGAUUGGACUGCAUUUUGUGGUUCAGACACCAGCGCCACUGAGUUAUCGGUCAUCGAGAGUGUUUUCAAAUUGAGGGAGGCUCAACCAAGUUCCAUUGUUGAAGAAAUGAGGAAGUCACUAAUAGACAGUUACGUAUGAGGAGGAGGAGUCUCUUCUACUACACCUAAGAUCUUGCAAGCAAUUAAUUGUUAUUACUCUUGUGUCUGUAUCCUUCAGUUUUAUUUAACAACAUUGUGAGUAAAAAAGUCGACUCUGCACUUAUAGUGUUUUGGUCGAAAUUGUGGUUCCAUAUUUGCUAAUAUAGAUCUGUUUUUGUAAUGGUUAACCAAUAUUUUAUUUGAUAUCCCCUUCCGUUUCA